CGGCUGAGUUUUAGACUAACCAACCAUUACCCUGGUACAGCUCAUCUUUUCCGGAAUGCUAAAAACAGUCAUUUAACAAGACUCUCUAUUGCUGAUGAUUCGAGCCACCAACAUAAAAACAUGAUAACUCUACAGACAUUUCUUGUGAUCACUCUGCUUCCCUUGCUAGGGCAUGUUGUCCACUACGUACUGGCCUUCAUCGGCGGUUAUGGUGGAUUCGGAGGAGCCGGCCUUGGUUUAGGAUACGGCUGGUGGGGCGGAUAUCCCGGCUUCGGGUUCCCCUGGCUGGCGCCACCACUUUCCUACCAAAUCAACACCGGAUCUAUUUACGGCAGCCCCGGAAUCGGCUACUACAAUCCCGGACCGGGCUCACUCGCCAACAGCUAUAUUGAUCUGACCGGCACAUUAGCCGCCAGUGAUACUAGUGGAGCAAUCAUAUCCAAGGGACCUCCUGCUGGCGGUCCACCUGGAGGUGCCCCAGCAGGCGGUGCCCCGGCCGGCGGCCCAGCGCCGGCCGCCAGCCAAAAUGCCCAGAGUACGCCGUCCAUUCAGCCACAGAAUACUGGCAGCUUGGCGGCUAACCAGAACACCCAGACUGGAUCUGAGACCGAGGGAGUUAAGAAAAGGCAAAAACCUGGAGGAGGUGGAGGAGGAGGCGGUGGUGGAGGCGCCGCUGGGGGCCCAGCGGGACCAUCCUCUAAUGGUCUUGGAGGUGGAAAUUCUAAUGGAGGAUAAUCUGUUGUUCUUUAAGUUUAUUCAUUUUUUAUAUGGAUCUCGAAUGUUUUUGACAGUUUAUCGAUCAUAAGAUGACAAUGCGAUAUUACCAGUAAAACUCGAACGGCAAUUGGCAGUUAUCUGUACAUGAAAAAUGUAGCUGUUUCCUGUUAUCAUUAUACUUGUUCUAAAAAUCAGCCCACCGAACCCUCGAAUCAGCUAAAAAUGCCAGAAAUGCUCUUAUUUAGGCACUUACAUGUCUGUCAACUUUAGAGAAUAACGAGUA